AGUGUGGAGUGGGAGUGUCUGCGCGCUGCUCUCCUUUCCCAGCAGGAAAAACGCUGGAGCCGAAACACUUUGGCACAGCGCACAUUGCUGCAGAGGCGAGAGCAACGGCUUCAACACACCGAGGAUUAUGUCAGCUUCCCGUCGCAUCGAGGGACGCUCCGACCAGCUGAUGAACAUCCACUGCCUCUGCUUCGGCUCAGCGGACACUCGUCGCUCUGUUUGCCACAUGCUCUGCUGAAAUCCCUCCACUACAGGCUGCUGCGUCGGCUCCAUCCCCAACCUCCCUCUUCUCCUCUUCCUCCUCCCCUCCGCCAGCUUUCUGUAGUCCCGAAAGCCAGGAUGGAAAAGACGCUCUGCAGUCCCGGGACCAACAGAGCCAACUCCUCGUCGUCGCCCAGGAAGCCCGCUAGUCGGAGCGGCUCGCACAGCCCCGGUUCCGGUUCUCUGGGAGGCUCGGCUGGAGCUGGAGGCGGCCGGGGGACGGUGCAGGGCAGCGGCGUGAGUCUGCAGCAGCAGGAGCUGCAUGCGCGCAGGAGGCAGCUGGAAGGAGUGCUGAGCAAAUACACCAACCUGAUCCAAGGCUGGCAGAACAGGUACUUUGUGUUGGAUCCCGAGCUCGGCCAGCUGCAGUACUUCAUCAACGAGCAGGGGAAAAUCCAGAAGCCUCGAGGGUCGCUGCCCCUCAUCGGUGCCUCGGUAACCACGAGCGACGAGGCGCCCUACAUGUUCAUCGUUCACUCCGUCAACGGGGAGCUUUACAAACUUAAAGCGUCUGACACUAAGGAGCAGCAGUUUUGGAUCAAUCAGCUCCAAGCUUGUGCCAGACGCCACUCUGACAGCAGCGCCAAGGUGAGGAAGCUGAAGAGCUCAGAUGAACACCUGAGUGUUGACCGAGCAGGAGGGGGACAAGAUGGCUCCUCAUCAUCUGGUCGGACACGUAGCUUCUCCCUCCUCCCACACCUAACUCCAUCUUCAUCCCCGAGCUCCCAGAGGCACCAGGGCCACUCGGCCGCGCCCAGCAACAUCGUCACCAUCACCCACCACAAGUCCCCAGCUGCAGCUCGCCGGUCCAGGAGUCAGUAUCCAGGACAGCUGCUGGAGGUCAAGGAGGUGAUGUCCCAAGCGGAGGGCCAACAGAAGAACCUUGUCCACUCCAUUGACUCUCUGCCCACCAAAGGCCCGCUCUCCUGUUUGGACCAGGACCUGCUGCUGCUCAAAGCCACGUCGGCUGCCACGCUCAGCUGCCUGGGAGAGUGCCUGAACAUCCUGCAGCAGACUCAGAGCCACAGCAGCCAAGCGCCGCCUCAGUCCCACGCCUCCCAGCGUAACCGGGGAACCCCCUCUGAUGGUGUUCCUGUGUGGACUGUACCAAAGUCUCCCUCAGGCGAGCAGCUGAAGAACGGAGGUCUGACUCCUCUGCAAUCAGCCGAGCGCUCCCCGGCCCUCAGGAAAAGGAGUCUGUCCCCUGGUGCUGAGCACCACCCCGGGCUGGAGGACAUCAGUCCCAGUGAGGAGGUGACGGACACGGAGGACAACGAUGAGGAGGACCUGGGCGUCCUGGACGACCAGCGGAGCGUCAUCCUUCACCUGCUGUCCCAACUCAAACUGGGGAUGGACCUCACGCGGGUGGUGCUGCCCACGUUCAUCUUGGAAAAGCGAUCCCUGCUGGAGAUGUACGCCAACUUCAUGGCCCACCCCGACAUGUUCCUGUCCAUCACAGCCGGGGCCACCGCCGAGGACAGAAUCGUGCGCUUCGUGGAGUAUUACCUGACCGCGUUUCACGAGGGACGGAAAGGCGCGGUGGCCAAGAAGCCCUACAACCCGGUGCUGGGGGAGACGUUCCGCUGUUCCUGGGAAGUUCCUCGGGACAAAGUCAAACCUUUGGUCAGAUCAAACCAAGGGCCGGCUUGGGAACCCGGCAGAGGAUCCAACAACUCGCAGCAAGGGGAAGAUUCGCCCGAAGGCUCUUACAGAGUCCGGUUCGUCGCAGAGCAGGUGUCCCAUCAUCCUCCUGUUUCUGGGUUUUACUGCGAGUGCCGGGAGCGGCAGAUGUGCGUCAACGCUCACGUGUGGACCAAGAGCAAGUUCAUGGGCAUGUCUGUGGGCGUGUCCAUGGUGGGAGAAGGAGUCCUGUGUCUCCUGGAGCAUGACGAGGAGUACGUCUUCACUCUGCCCUGCGCCUACGCCCGCUCCAUCCUCACCGUCCCCUGGGUGGAGCUGGGGGGAAAAGUCUCCAUCAACUGCAUCAAGAGCGGCUACUCGGCCACGGUGACCUUUCACACAAAGCCUUUCUAUGGAGGGAAGGUGCACAGGGUGACAGCGGAGGUGAAACACAACCCGACCAACACCAUCGUGUGCAAAGCACAGGGCGAGUGGAACGGCACGCUGGAGUUCACCUACAGCAGCGGGGAAACCAAAGUGAUCGACACGUGCAAACUUCCUGUCAUCAGGAAGAAGCUGCGACCCGUAGAGAGGCAGGGCAAGAUGGAGUCCAGGCGGCUGUGGCAACAUGUCACCAAGUCUCUGAAGGAAGGAAACAUGGAAGAAGCCACGGAGCACAAACACAGGCUGGAGGAGAGUCAGCGGGUGGAGGAGAGGAAGAGAGCAGCGGAUAACAAACCCUGGAAACCAAAAUACUUCACUAAGGAGGGAGACGGUUGGAUCUACAACAACCCGCUGUGGAAGUCGACCUGACAGCGGAACGACGCGCCUCCUGCGGUUAAAAACCCCGUCCUCCAAGCUGAGGCCUGGUCGCAAAGCGAAGCGGCGGCGUCCUCCACGGACCUUCAGAUUCACAGACGGUGGAGACAAACAUGAAGCAAGCGAGGUGCCAAAGGGAUUUCCUCAGUUGGAACCAACAGAGCAAGCCUUUGGACCCCCGGGACUGAAGAACACUUUUAUAGUCUUACUGGUUACAGUAGAAUAUUUCUAUUUUUCACUUUGCUAAGGCCUUUUCUUUCCCACAGUGACGACAUUUAGCACUUGUAUUAGCUUGACUGGUCAUCAGUGUUGAAGCUUUAGACCCGAUCAAGUCUUCUGUAACACACCACAAUGUAGCUGUAAUUGAGUUUGUUAAUGAAGCACUUUUACCAGAGGAAAAUUAACUAUUUUGUACGUCACAGUGGCUCUUACCUCUCUGAGCUUUACAGAAAUCUAACCCUAUUGAAAGAAGAGAUUUAAACUGAAAUGUACAACGUUAUAUCAUAGUCUAUAUUAUUACACAGUGUUUUUGUCUGCACUCUGAAUGUAUCUGGCCACAUUUUAAUAUAUACACCGUAAUUGUAUUGACCGAUUCAACAUGGACACCCGUUUUUUCCCCCCUAAAUCUUCAUUUAGCAACGACUCACUCAGUGGAUGAAAAUCAGCUGUCAAACAGAAUAUUUCCAUUACUACCUCAUGUUUUUGCUACAAACUUGUUUCCUGGUUCGUUUGUGGCUCAAAGCUCCUGGGUCCACUGCGUCUGUUUUGUAUCUGUAACCCCAAGAUGACGCUGGUGUAAUUAGGCAGCAGCCCCUCAAACGCCCAGCCUGCUCCAGUUUAUGCUUCUCCUUAGGUUGUGCGUGUUAAUAUGGAUGAGGCAGUUUGCAGAAACUCUGGAGGGGGUUCGCUGGAAGGCUGCCUCUGAAGAUGAGAGGAUCGACUCCAUCAACCACAGGGGAGAGGAGGAUAUGUACUGGUUAAUACUACUCUAAGGAGACAAACCAUGUGGCCAACUUCCAGAUUUUAUAAAAUAAAACUAAGGAUUUAAACACUC